AUGGUCGCCCCAGUCACAUCCGCAGCGGGCAUCGUCGCUUUGCUCGAUGAGCAGGAGCCCGAGCUCCAGUCGUAUGCGCUCAAGCGUCUCGACUCGCUGGUACACCAGUUCUGGGCCGAGAUUGCAGAUGCUAUUUCCAAGAUCGAGAUCCUUUACGAAGAUGAGCGAUUCCCUGACCGACAACUCGCCGCCCUCGUCGCCUCCAAAAUCUACUUCCACCUUGGCGAGCACGAUGAAGCUCUCAUGUUCGCUCUUGGCGCUGGUCCACUCUUCGAUGUUGAGGUCAAGGACGAGUACGUCGACACUGUAGUUUCCAAGGCUAUCGACAAGUACAUUCACGACACAACUCCAGCUUCGGCAGCUGUCCAUGGCGAUACAUCCUUAAAGGCCCCUGCUCAGAAGUCGGUGAUCGACCCAAGACUAAAGACCAUCGUUGAUCAGAUGUUCGCACGCUGCAUUGCAGACAAGGAGUUCAAGCAGGCUCUUGGUAUCGCUCUAGAGACUCAGCGACUCGACGUGAUCGAAGAGGUCUACUCCCUCACACACGAUGCCGAUCUUCUCACAUACGUCCUCGAGAGUUCUGUUGGUGUCGUGCCCUCCAUCGAGGUCCGUAAUCAGAUUCUUCACCUCCUUGUCAAGCUCUUCCAACGAUUGCCGAGCCCAGACCACUUCAGCAUCGGUCAGUGCUACGUCUAUCUCAACGCUCCCAACCUCGCUUCCGAGCUUCUCUUCAACCUCAUCCAGCAAGCACACCAGCCUUCGAGCUCUUCGCAAGCCAAUACUCCUCAUGACCCACUUCUCGUCGCAUAUCAGCUCGCCUUUGACCUUGCGGAAAGUGCCACACAGGAGUUCCUCGAGAACGUGCGCAGGGAUCUCUCAUCCAAGUCUUCUGCCGAGACCCCUGCUGUCAAGACCGAAACUGCUGAUGCAGACGCCGACAUGAACGGUUCCUCAGAGUCUGAGGCUACUACCGUCCAGUCCUGCGUCGACCGUGUUCGCUCCAUCCUUCAGGGCGAGGAGAGCAUUCAGCUCUACCUCGAGUUCCUCAAACGCUCCAACAAGGCCGACCUUCCUAUUCUCAAGGCAACCAAGGAGGCUCUCGACGCUCGCAGCUCCAUCUACCACUCGGCUCUCAGCUUUGCCAACGCAUUCAUGAACGCCGGUACCACUUCGGACAAGUUCUUGCGAGAGAACCUCGAGUGGCUCGCCAAGGCUUCCAACUGGUCCAAGUUCACCGCCACUGCCGCGCUCGGUAUCCUCAACAAGGGCAACCUCAAGGAAGGUAUCACCAUCUUGCGACCUUACCUGCCGCAAGACGGUGUCACCAGCAGUGUCUACUCCGAAGGUGGAAGUCUGUUCGCCCUCGGUCUGAUCCACGCCAACCACGGUGCCGAGGUCAUGGAGUUGCUCACCAACACGCUCAAGAGCAACCCUGCAGAGAUUGUCCAGCACGGUGCUGCACUCGGUCUCGGUGCUGCCGGUAUGGCUACUGGCAACGAGGAGGUGUACGAGGAGCUCCGUAAUGUACUCUACACUGACUCGGCCGUUGCUGGUGAAGCCAGUGGUUACGCUAUGGGUCUGGUCAUGCUUGGUACCGGUUCUGAGCGUGCUGUGGAGGAGAUGCUUCAGUACGCGCACGAGACGCAGCACGAAAAAAUCAUUCGCGGUCUUGCGAUCGGUAUCUCGCUCCUCUUCUACGGAAAGGAAGAGAAGGCUGAGGCUAUGAUCGACACUUUGCUUGCCGACAAAGAUGCCAUCCUUCGCUACGGUGGUGUCUACACCAUUGCGCUCGCCUACGCCGGUACUGCGAACAACAAGGCGAUCCGACGACUGUUGCACAUCGCUGUUUCGGACGUCAGCGAUGAUGUGCGACGAGCUGCUGUCACUUCGCUUGGUUUCUUGCUCUUCCGCAACCCUACGCAGGUGCCAAGAAUCGUGCAGCUGCUUUCCGAGUCGUACAACCCUCAUGUGCGAUACGGAAGCACGCUUGCCCUCGGUAUCGCUUGUGCUGCUACUGGUCUUGACGAAGCUGUUGACUUGCUUGAGCCAAUGACUAAGGACCCAGUCGACUUUGUCCGUCAAGGAGCUUGUAUUGCACUUGCGAUGAUCUUCAUCCAGCAGAACGAGGCUCUCAACCCUCACGUCACUAACGCGCGCAAGACCUUCGACAAGAUCAUUGGCGACAAGCACGAAGAUGCGAUGGCCAAGUUCGGAGCCGCUCUCGCCCAAGGUCUCGUUGACGCAGGUGGACGCAAUGUGACCAUCUCCUUGCAGAGCCGAGGAGGAAAUGCCAACAUGCCUGCUAUUGUGGGUAUGGCCUUGUUCACUCAGUUCUGGUACUGGUUCCCUCUUGCCCACUUCUCUGCUUUGGCCUUCACGCCUACUGCAUUGAUUGGGUUGAACAGGGAGUUGAGGAUUCCAGAGUUCGAGUUUGUUUCCGAAGCUAAGCCAAGUCUCUUUGCUUAUCCUACUAGCUACAAGCCUCCCAGUGAGAAAAAGGUGGAGAGGGUGGAGACUGCAGUUCUUUCUACCACUGUCAAAGCUCAGGCUAGGCAACGUAACAAAGAGAAGGAACGUGCACAGGCGGAAGGUGGAGCUGAAGCUAUGGAUCUCGAUGAUACCACCGGCAAAAAGGAAGAAGACGUUGCGAUGGAAGAAGAUACUAGCAAGGUAAAGAGCAAGCCUAAGAAGGAGAGGAAGCAGGAGCCUAGGUCCGAAGUUUUACCUAACUAUUCCAGAGUCACGCCAGCUCAGGUGAAGUUCGUAACGUUCCCGCCUGAGAGUAGGUUUGUACCAAUCAGGCCGGUGCAAGGGUUGGGUAGCAAGGUCAGGCAGGAUGUGUACAACACGAGUUCGGUAGCGGGCAAGUUGUUGGGUAACUCGAGUCCUGUUCCGGGUGCUAGUGGGACUGUUACUCCUAGUGGGAAUGCCACUGCGGGUGCUGGUGGUGGUGGAGCUAAGUCGUUGCAUCAACAAGCGCUUGCUAAUGCUUCUUCCAACACCGAGAACGGUGCUCCUGCCCCUACUUCAAUUGCCGGCCAAAGUGCGGGCCCAACGGCGGAACAAGCACGUAGCAUCCUCACUUCCGCCAUCGGUGGAACUGGUGGUAUCUUGCUCAUGGUUGACAGGAAGCCAAAUGACGAAUUUUGUCCGCUCAAGAUCGGCGAUAGCUCAGACGACGAUGGAGCUACUCAACAGCGUCCAGACUCAAACGAGCAGAGAGGCGGUCAGCAAGAUGAAGAUGAAAUCUCUCCUGAAGACGCAGCUGCUAUCGCUGCUGCUAUGGCCGCUGAUGACGACGACGAGGGAGAUGAUAAGUUGAACAGCGUUGCUGGUCAUCAGAGGAGAGAUGGUGGUGAUGGUGGAAAUGGUGCUGCUCCUGGUGCUGGUAGUGGGUUGCCUGAGGCUCGAUAG